GCAACUGUGAGUCGUUACAUUUGUGAGCUUCCCAAUAUCGCCCCUCGAAUUUUAUCUUUGCCGCCUUCAUGAAAUACCGAAAACUUUUGCUCCUCGCAACGUGCUGUAGCGUUCCUAGGGAAGUCAUCUCCUUUGGACCGAUUGACCCUGUUCUCUCGGCUCGCCAGCGAGUUGCAUCGUCCUCCACGACCCGAUGCAUGGGCCUCAAGACAACCAUCCGUAUUGUGGGUCGCAAGUCUGGCAGUGAAUCCUGGCUAGAAGAUGCCUGUAGCAUGUACGAGACACGGCUGAAACCAGCUAAUAUCGAUGUUCAAACCGAAUGGCAUAAGAAUGACCAAAGUUUGACCAAAGGAGUUCAAAGUGACUACGUCCGGAACGUUCCCGUCGUCAUGCUCGACCCAAGAGGCAAGCGAUUCACAAGCGAACAGUUUACCGACGACUUCUAUAAAUGGAUGGAAAUCGGAGGUAGCCGCAUGGUGUUUUGCAUCGGCGGUGCCGAAGGGCUACCUGCUGACUUGAGGGCACCUUUGUCCGGGCAUAAACCGAUUCUGGUGAGCCUUUCCAAUUUGACCUUUACACACCAAUUUGCAAGACUCGUAUUGAUAGAACAGAUUUAUCGAGCUUCAGAGAUACGAAAAGGGACCGGCUAUCACAAAUGAAAGUCAUCGAAAACAAUCAUAGAACCUGUCAACCGUUAUUGUGUACGUACAACUAAUUGAGACCUUUCGUACCUGCUGUUGAUGCGUUCGCCGAGCUACUCCCCGCGACACAAAAAUCCCGUAUUCUGAUUUUCUGUUACCAUACAUCUACAAACC